CUCUCUUCUUCGAGAAUAAUGGCGUUUGGUUUGAUCGGGAGAGUUGUUGGGACAAAGCCGUCGAGAUUAUCCGCGGCGGCGCGAUUGAUUCCGUCGCGUUGGACAUCAUCAGGAGCAGAAGCACAAUCAAAAGCUUCAAGAGCGAAACUGAAGACGUUCCAGAUCUACCGAUGGAAUCCAGAUUCUCCCGGGAAGCCUGAGCUCCAAGAUUACCAGAUCGAUCUCAAGGACUGUGGGCCCAUGGUUCUAGACGCGUUGAUCAAGAUCAAGAACGAGAUGGAUCCGUCGCUCACUUUCCGUCGCUCGUGCCGAGAAGGUAUCUGCGGUUCGUGCGCGAUGAACAUCGACGGAUGCAACGGCCUCGCUUGUUUGACGAAGAUCGAAUCGGAAUCUUCGGAGACGACGAUCACGCCGUUGCCGCAUAUGUUUGUGAUUAAGGAUCUGGUGGUGGACAUGACGAAUUUUUAUAAUCAGUACAAGAGUAUUGAGCCGUGGUUGAAGAGGAAGAGUCCGGCCUCUGUUCCUGGGAAGGAGAUUCUGCAGAGUAAGAAGGAUAGAGCUAAGCUUGAUGGGAUGUAUGAGUGCAUUCUCUGUGCUUGUUGUAGCACCUCUUGCCCUAGCUAUUGGUGGAACCCUGAGUCUUAUCUUGGCCCUGCUGCUUUGCUCCAUGCCAACAGGUGGAUAAGCGACAGCCGAGAUGAGUAUACUAAAGAAAGACUUGAAGCCAUUAACGACGAGUUCAAGCUCUAUCGGUGCCACACAAUCUUGAACUGUGCUCGUGCCUGUCCAAAGGGAUUAAACCCAGGAAAACAGAUCACACACAUCAAGCAACUUCAGAAAUAAGGUUAACACAACUACUCAAAUCAUGGAGUGCCCAUUGGAAUCUCAUUCAUCAUUGGGGUUUUUGAAGCUAAUAAAUCUGCAAGAAACUCUGAUUUUUGGAAUAAUUCUGGUAUUGCUUUUGCAAACUUACAAACAUGAUAACAGAUGAGUUUUGCUUUGCCUUUAUAUAAACAUCGCAUUUUUUUUGAGCUUUGCCUUAUUAGUGAAUAAAAGAAAACAAUGAUGACCCUUACAAUUCUACAAAAGAGGAAAGUGUUUGGUGCCAAAAGAGACGUAUGAUCAGUUUUGACGGGACAGAGCAAGAAACACGGUAGCAUCUGAAAUCUGAAUUUUGAGAUCAGCAAUAUCAAUAUCGUGCCCUCCUUCAACUAGACCCCAUUUGUCCACCUGCGUGAAACAGUGUUGACAAAGAUCAGAUGCACAGAAGCAAAAGGUUAUGAAUGUGAUAGAUUUUAGUAAUCUCUGUAACAAACACUUAAGAACUGAAUAUUAUUGAAUCAAGCUUGUAAGUACAACUCGUGGAUCAAUCUCAUAGUGAUCGAUCACUCAUCAUCGUUCUCAUAAUGAAGCAGAGACUCAUGUCGUCUUCCACUUUCAACAAUACAAGCAUGACACGUUGUAAAUGUUAUAACGGCAA